CACUCCUCACUCAUUCAGGUGGACGUCUCAGACAGGAAAAAACACAAUGAAGACGCGAGCAAGUCGGACUCCUGCUGCUGCUGCUGCUGUCGAUGUAGUAGCGGCCUCGUCUCCAGCAGUGGAUGACUCUUCUUCUUCUUCUUCUGCUGCUGCUGCUGCUGCUGCGAUGGCUGCGCUGGUGGACACUGCAUUCGGCGAGAUUGUCAAGGCGUCCCAUCGCAUGCGCAUGGAGUCGGGCGUGCUGCCAACGGCGCUGGAUGCUGGACUCGGCGAGGCGCAGGGAACCCAGUCGCUGCUGGACGCCGUCACGCAGCAGUCGGUCGCAAUGUCGUCCAAGACACGCUCGGGACCAGCUGCAUCGACAGCACGCACGGGAAGCAGUGGUGGUGGCGGCGGCACGGACAAGACCACCGGCAGGAAGAAGAAGGAGCUCAAGUGGGGCGACUUGCCAGUGGGCAACUUGACGCCCGAGGUUGAGCGCGAUCUGCGACUACUGCGCAUGCGCAACUACCUCGAUCCCAAGAAGCACUUCAAGGGAUCCGACAGCAAGGCCCUUCCGAAGCAUUUCCAGAUUGCUCGCGUUGUCGAGGGCCCAACAGAGUUUUAUUCGUCUCGCCUGACCCGCAAGGAGCGCAAGAACACGCUUGUGGACGAAUUGAUGGCCGAUGACCGGCUGCGCAAGUACCACAAGCGAAAGUUUGUGGAAAUCGAGCAACGCAAUGCACAGGGCCGUCGUGGCCAUGUCAAGCGUCUCCAGCAAAAGCGAAAACCUGCGUGGAUGCGAAAGUAGAACCAACCGCGGUUUUUUGUUUUGUGUGUGUUUUUGUCUGCCAUGUAAUCACCUUAAUGAAAUCGUCGU